ACGGGGGUUCUCCGAGCAUCGUUAUUUCUGCCUACCUCAUUUCCACUUCAGACAUAGUUGCUGUUCUUCUGGAUAGAAACAGCAGCUGAGGUGUGUUUGUAUGUGUGUGUGUGUGAAUGUUAUGAACACCAGUCACCCCAUGCACUGCCUUCAUCCUCUCAGCUGACACUAGUCUGCUGUGAUCGUCCUGCGAACAACCAGACAGAAGAGCAAGGGAACAUUGAAGAGUGAUGAAAAAAGGCUAAAGGGACAGCAAGAAGGAAGAGGAAGGAGAAGCAGGACAAACGUGGAUUUAAAGGACAGAAAAAAAGAGAAAUUAUGUUUCUUGUCUCCCUCCAACAAUUUAUAUCCGGCUCAUUGCACAGUAAUGUUCACUGGAAGCUGUGUUUAUGACAUUGUGGGCUUCAGACAGAUAAGAGAGAGCUUCAGUCUGUGCCUUCUGCAGCUGCAGCAGAUGUUGAAGACAUCUCUGACUUUAUAGGGAGUGGGGGUAUUUCAAACAUAAUUGGACCUGAAUUCUUUUAGACAAAGUCACAUUUUUAUCAGAUUUUUUUUCUUCUUUGUGCCUUCAGCUGGGAAGUUUGCUUUACUGUGAUAAAAGAAAAGUAAUGCAGGUAUUUUGUGUAAAAACACAACUACCUGCACUGGGGACAAAUACAUGGGGCUUCCUCACCCUUCUGCCCUUUCUGUCCUUCAUGCAUUUGAAAUGGCAGCUGACAGCAGCCUGAUCAUGGAACCGCAGUGUGGAGCUUAUCAUUUGGACUGAAACCAUAGAGCUACUUUCAGGACCUGCCAGCUACCUGACAAAAUACUGGGUUCUUGGGUUCAUUGUACCCUUGAAGGGGCCCCUCUGAUACAUAUUCCUACCCAAGAUGAUGAAUUCCUCACAGGAUCCACUGACUCAGAGCUCUUCUGACCUGACCAACUUCUCCUCUCCCUUCUGCCUGCUUGAGAUACGCUAUUCCCAGAUUUUCACCACAUGCCUCCUAGAAGUCUCUAUCAUACUUCCCCUCACUGUUCUCAUUAUUUUUGGGAACCUGGUGGUGAUUUUUGUGUUUCACUGUGCACCCUUGCUUAGCCAGCACACAACCAGUGCUUUCAUCCAGACUAUGGCAUAUGCUGAUCUGCUGGUGGGGGUCAGCUGUCUGUUCCCCUCCCUAUUCCUUCUCCAUCACCUGCAGGACCUCGACCCCAAACUCACCUGCCAGGUGUUUGGGUACAUGGUGUCUGUUUUGAAGUCAGUUUCAAUGGCAUCGUUAGCAUGUGUAAGUGUAGACCGUUAUAUUGCCAUCACACGACCCCUGACUUACGCAUGCCUAGUGACACCUUGUCGAGUGCGCUGCUGCAUUGUUCUGAUAUGGUUGUACUCUGCUCUGGUGUUUCUCCCAUCUUUUUUUGGGUGGGGGAAACCUGGUUACCAUGGCGAUAUGGUGGAGUGGUGCGCAAUUCAGUGGAAGACUAGUCCUGCAUUCACGACCUUUAUUGUUGCACUGCUCUACGCUCCUGCCACUCUCACUGUUUGUUUCACCUAUGCCAACAUCUUCAAAAUCUGCCGACAACACACCCGGGAGAUCAGCGAGCGCCAUGCACGUUACCGACCCCAACAGCAGGGUCCAGGAAUGACAGUGGGAUCUGUGGUCAGGGACCACAGUGCAGUAGGACAAGGGCAGCUGCCUCACUUCUCUCAACCACAAAAAAACCAACACCACCAGCCAUACUACCAGCAGCCCCCAUCAGCGUACCCAGACAAGCGAUACGCUAUGGUACUGUUCCGCAUUACCAGCGUGUUUUAUGUCCUUUGGUUGCCCUACAUCCUCUACUUUCUGUUGGAGAGUGGAGGGAUCUACCACCACCCUGCAGCCUCCUUCUUCACCACGUGGCUGGCAAUCAGCAACAGCUUUUGUAACUGUCUCAUCUACAGCCUCUCCAACUCUGCCUUCAGGAAGGGUCUGAAACGCCUCUGCUCCUUCUGUUUACGGAGCAGUGACAGUGGCUUUGGGGCUAGGAACAGUAAAAAGGCUUUUGUUGACUCCUUUGAAAAGGGAUGUGCAGGGCCAAGGUAUGGAUAUGGCCACGGGGAAAUAGGCAUUGGCACAACAUGUCAUGUGUAGUGCACACAUAGAGGAAAUCGUUUGUGCCAGUGGCGGCACUGCAGUCACACCAGACGUGAUUGCUGUAAGAUGUUUCCUCGGUUGAGAUGAAAUGUGCUGUAAUGAAAAAGAGCUGUCGGCCUGCUGCUGUUGUUUCUGUCACGUUUGGAGGUUAAACAGGCACUUCUCUGCACAUGCCACAACUGACAACAGAGAAAGGGAGUCAAGAGCAAAGCACUAAAGGAUAAAAAGGCCUAAAUCGUUGUGCAAGGCAUUUUAAAACGGUCAGGGAGACCCAGCAUGCUGUGUAUGGACAGGGCUGAUAGAUGGAAGGGGUUGCAUCAGUUUUCUUUUGUGGGAAGUGACUUCAACUUAUGUUGCCAAAACAACAUAAAUGAUACAAGAAAGCUUUCCUGUAAAGCUGUAUGUGUAGUAUGUGAAACAGUGUAACCUUUAUUUGUUUCUAACACAAUAUAUACUGAAUGCAAAAAAGGGAGUGCAUAUGGAACAGCUGACUGCUGUUAUUUAGUAACGUAGUGCUGAGGUGAACUGCCAGCAGCAAACUCUUUGAAUAUGUUUGUAUGUGCUCUUACCCUCCUCAGUAUUUAUUUUAAAAGUGAUGUAAUUGUCUGUGUGUUGUGUAUUUGUCAUCUCUUCAUAGUGGUUGUUUGGUUGAUUAAUUAGGGGGAAAAGAAAUUAAAUGAUGUAUGUCUGGACCCAGUACACAUCAAUUUAUAGUUUCAGUUCUUAUGUAUGCAAUGAGACGCCUAUUGAUAAACCUUUUGAAUAAAAAUAUAGAUUAUUUAUUGAUGAUUUAUUGAUGUUGAGCCCACUGUUAGCAAUAUAUGACAUGCCAUUUAUGACUGUUAACCUAAGAAAAAAACAGUUUGAGUUUCUCUUUCAAUUUAUUGUUUAAACUUUUGUUUUAUUGCACCUUUGUUCAGUUCAGAUUGUGUAACUAAACUUAUAAGAUAGGUAAAGAAAGACCAAGAAAAGGUAUAUUUUUACGGUUACUGUACACUGUUUGUACAUCAUUGGGCUGACUACAAAUAGUUACUGUGUUAAAAUCCUUGGUGUGUGCUGUAUUGUGACUGCAUUGUUGUACCUCCAUUUAGGGACUAGUGCGCACAGAAACACACAGCAACACUGGAGGAUCACAUGCAGGCAAAACAGACAAAUAGCUCUAUUUCUCUGUAAGGCUGCUAACCUUUGUGCAGCACUGUAAAGAGGGACUGACCUCUUGAUUUGUGUAUGUUUGCAUCUGUGCAUACACAUAUUGUAUCAUCUCGUCCCAUUGUGUAAUUUUGUUGAGCCUUUUCACUUAAUACAAACUAAUCAAGUCAUAUAGUAACAUGAAAUGAGUCCAUGUGUACAUACUUUGUGUCAUAAACUCAAAAGUUGUGUAAAAUUAUCUCAGUCUUGAACUGUGGAGACUCGCAUCACAGUAGAUAAAAUUUAAUGUAGCUUAUGUUAUCUACCAAAGAUUUUUUUUUCUACACAUCUAUUCUAUGAAGAUUUAGUAACAUACAAGUGGAUUUUACACAAGCAUUGUAUACAGUAGGUCGAUUGCAUUUUGUUUGGGUUAGAGAUGCCUUGUUGUCUUGAUAUACAAAUGAAAAUGAACUGUUGGGAAAGUAUUAUCCCUUAACAGCCACGGAGGGCUCAAUUUUUAGACGCACGACUGUUUUUUGAGGGUCCAGACGGGUAAAUAUAUGCAUGAGCAGAGAUGAAAAUGUUCACUAGCCAGCCUUUAAUUCCACAUUCAGUACGGAAUAACCUGAACUAGAUUUGUUGUGUAGUUUGUUUUAAUUGAUUAUUUUAGCUACUCUCCAGAAGUUUAUGAUUUACAAUCAUGGUUCCUCCAUUGUUCUUCUGUUGAACUGAAAAUAGCCAGAAGCAAAAACUCAAAACUGUUCAUUUCUGGCAUGUAUUUAUUUGUGUGUGCAUCGGUCUGUAUGAGCACGUAGGAUGUGAUCUUUGGCUGAAUUGGACAGUUUAACAUGUUUUAUCAAGGGUGCUAACAAUGUUAUCACCUGUCAUUGCUUUAUUAGCUGCAUAUCACUUUCCUUGAGUGUACUGUAUUUUGUGAGCUUACAGUAUGUGAGUGUGAUGUACAGUAGUGUUAGAUUCACAUGUUGGUUAAAUAUUUUUGCUGCCAUUCAUGAAGCAUUGCCAGAUGUUAUUUGUACCUUCUGUAGUUCAGAAAUGUUGUAUACAGAAAUGGCAUAUUGAAUGUCUUACUGUCAAACUACACACAUUUAUUUUUGUAAAAUUACUUUGUUUCUGUCUUUUCUCUUAUAAAGAGAGAGAUGUUUUAGACUAAGUAGGUUUAGCAGCAUGAAAUCAUUGAAGGUGUAUCUUUAUGAAGAUGCAUUUUAUUUUACUGGACAAAUUUUUGACUGUCUUUUGUGAUUUGAACGAUUGGUAACUUUGAGUUUGAGGUAAGACUAAACCGAGUAGUUUCUACAGCUUAUUAAUGGUACAGUUCCUUAGAAAUGUGUAAGUUUGAGAGCAAAGUUGGGAAAUAUUAGGCCAAAACAUGCUCACAUUAGCAUUCACACACACAUUCCCUUUUUUCCUGUGGCUCUCAUGUUCCCAAGGGAACAACAUGGUGAUGGUGGCUGUGUCGAGAUACAGUGCCACCCUGGGUAGGAUUGGAGGGGACAGAGGAAAAUGGAGACCAGGGCUGGUCUAGGAAGCCAUUUGUGGAUUACAUGCAGGAAGGAGAGGAAAAUAAUUAUUGAUGGAUACAACAAUAAUAAUAACAACAACAUAAUUUAUCACUAAAACAGUUAAACCAACCGUUAGGAAUGAAUGUGUAGAAAGUAACAGAUGCAAAGAAAGAAGAGGUAAAAUGGCUCCUAGCUUCAUAGCUAUCGGCUUCAUGAGUCCUUAUCUUUUUUUCUGGUGUCUUAAGUAGUUUUAUUUAAUUGCACUGAUUGGGUCUACCAAGUUGUGUAUUUGUUUUGGAUACAAGCAAAGUCCUUAUAUAGCUAAUGAGGUCACUUAUUGUGAAUGUGACUCACUGUCACAUUAAAGUCUAGAUUUUACCCACAUACAUAUGAAAUCGGGGUCUUAUUUAAAACAAUUUUGAGGCAUGACAAUGUUUAUCUUGAACUUAUUGUUCUCAAUUGAGAACAUAUGUUUUUGUAUUUAAGAACAACAAACAUAUUUUACACUAGUACUGGUUAGUUAUCAUAUCUAAGAGCAGAGACUGUACAGUACCAGAUAUGGUAGUACCAACUCCCCCUAAUGGUGCACUUUAACACAGAUACCCACCCAGAGGUAUUUUCUUAUCUGGCUUUUAAUCUGUGUUGGAUUUUCAUAAGGCUCUAAAUAGGCCACACCAGACCCCCACUAAUGGCUGACUCAUGACCCAGCUGUUCUGAAGAACAUAUUAUUAUCACAUUAGAACAAGACUGAUAGCUGUUACGAAACCUUGGUCUGGAAAUGUCCCGAAAGAGAGAAAUUUCUCUCUGCGUUUGUAUUCUCUACAAUGAAAGCUGGAAAUUGCACACAAGGAGCAAUGGGGUGUUUUAUAUGUUUUUAAAAAUUAAGCCAUUACCACCUACAGUAAGAUGAUAUUUGAUACAUCGAGGAUGUUCAAUUUGUGAUGAGGGUUUUAUAAGACAUCUGCUUUUAUAGAUGGAGGAUGUUGGGAUAAUGUAAAUGAUCACACUUGUUUAAUUUUGCUGCCAUUGAAAGCGAGUAUCUGUGAUGAAAACUUAUGAUGCUUAACUGUAGGUGAUAGACCUACACGAUAUUAUAAGUUGUAUAUAUUGUGUAU